GCAUUGCGUGGCCAACAGCAAGCGAGACUGUAACUCGUGGAGUGAGCAUCAAGGCGUCUGCCAGCUUUGAUGCUGCGGCCUCGAAGCCAGCGAAAGGGCAGUGGCAGUGGAAAUACACCGUGAAGAUCACCAACCAAUCUGCCGACACCCUGCAGCUCCUCUCCAGGCAUUGGGUCAUCGUGGAGAAGUCGGGUCAGGUCUUGGAAGUUGGUCCCAAGGCCUCGGGCGUCCUCGGCCAGCAGCCCAUUUUGCGGCCCGGCGAGUCCUUCACCUACAGCUCGGCCUGCCCGCUCUCCUGCGAGGUUGGGACGCUCCACGGGAGCUUCGAGAUGAAGAUCCUGGAGCCGGCAGAGUCCCACGGACGUCGCUUCGAGGCAGCGAUCGGCCGGUUCGGCUUGACCAUGGACGGUGAAGAGGCGCUGAUGCCGAUCGUCAUCCACGAGGCCCUUUGA